AUGAGAAAUAAGGAAAAAUUUCAUUUAAAAAUAACGAAAGAUUGCGUGUUUUUAGAAGAGACGACAACAAGUCCCACCACUACGACAGAAAAGCAAACAACUACGAAGAAACCAACAACAACAACGAGAAUGACUACAACAGCAACGGAUGAGCCUACUACAACAUUAAAAAACAUCGAAACCACAUCUACAACUACAACAGAAAAACCCACAGCACUUACAACAAUGAAAACAACAACAGAAAUGGACACGACAACAGAAGCCGAUGAGACUACGGUAAAAGACACUACAACUACGAAAAAGCCUACCUCAGCACCAACUACAACAGAAGUUACGACAACGACAAGAGCUGCAACAACUACAUCAACAACAGAGACACCAACGACAACAGAGACACCAACGACAACAGAGACACUAACUACAAUAGAGACACUAACUACAACAGACGCACCAACGACAACAGAGGCACCAACUACAACAGAGACACCAACGACAACAGAGGCACCAACGACAACAGAGACACUAACGACAACAGAGAAACCAACGACAGAAGCAGCUACCACAACGGAGCCAACUACAUUAUCAGAGACAACAACUACAAGUACUACAACGACAACACCAAUCCCAACUACUACAACUACCACUACCCAAACUACAACUGAUGCACCAAAAACCACAACCCUAUCUACUACUACAACUGAACAAACAACAACUGAACAAUCGACCACUACUACUUCUCCAGGAACCACAACUGUUAGGACAACAACAACAACUGAUACCCCAUCCACAGUUCCAGACACGGCAACAACAUCUACCACUGUAGCUCCAACAACCACUACUACGGACCCGCCAACUACAACUGAAAAGACGACCACCUCAACCACAACAGAAACUCCGACAACAACGAUUCCUACCACCACAACUACAAUGGCAACUACUUCCACUACUUUGGAAACAACAUCCACCACUACGUUAGAUCCGACAACAACAACAACUCUACAGACCACGACCGCAUCUACUGAACCCACUGGUGAUUAUUUAAGAUAA